AUGACAGUGAUCACGUUCACGGGUGGAAGUUCCCUAAAACUUCUUCAGGCAAUUGUAUUUUUUUCGCUUUUAUUGCAUUUGAGACCAGCACUUGGAUUCAUUUCAAGUGUUGGAGAUGCUGACAGUGACAACAUCAGGUGCCUAGAUGGGGAGAGACAAGCACUCCUUAAGCUCAAAAAAGGCUUUCUUGAUGCCUACGGCAACCUCUCCUCUUGGGGGAGCGGAGAUGAAAAUAAGAAUUGCUGCAAUUGGAAAGGAGUUCACUGCAGCAACCAAACAGGCCAUGUACUUGAGCUAAGGCUUGGUUUUUCUUAUUUGGGAGGUAUGAUUAAUCCUUCACUACUUGAGUUGCCAUAUUUGACCUAUUUGGAUCUCAGUUACAAUGAUUUUAAUCAUAACCAUAUCCCUGAGUUCAUUGGAUCUCUCGGUAACUUAGAAUACCUUGAUCUCUCUAGGGCCAAACUCAGUGGGCCAAUUCCACAUCAGCUUGGAAACCUUUCUCAUUUGCAAUAUCUCAAUCUUAGCUGCAAUAAUUUGACAAUUAUUGAAAAUCUUGAAUGGUUGUCUCAUCUCUUUUCAAUAAAAGACCUUGACUUAAGUUUCACAAACCUCCAUGUUGCCAAUGAUUGGAUAGAAGUUGUGAGUGGUCUCCCUUAUUUAACAACCUUGAAUAUGGCAUGGUGUGAUCUUCCCCCAAUGAGUCCUUCAUCUUUUCCUCAUUUGAAAUAUUUUACUUCUCUUGAAAGUCUACAUCUUGAAAAUAAUCAACUUAAAGGUGGCAUUCCAAAAUUCUUUGGGGAUAUAUGUACUUUACGUGAAUUGCAUUUGUCGGCAAGGAAUCAAUUUACCGGAUCAUUGCCUGAUUUUGCAAUGUUUCCAUCAUUAAAAGAAAUAAAUCUUUUUUCCAACAAAUUAAAUGGGACUGUGUCCAAAACCAUUGGAAGCCUUCAUAAGCUAGAACAUUUAGAUGUUUCUUCAAAUUCUUUGCAAGGAGUCAUAUCUGAAGCACAUUUUUCAAAUCUUUCCAAAUUACGGCACUUGCUAUUAUCUGAUAAUUCUCUUACUCUUGAAUUCGACUUCAAUUGGGCUCCCCCUUUCCAACUGGAUGAAAUGUACUUGAGAUCUUGCAAGUUGGGGCCAACAUUUCCAAAUUGGAUCCUAACCCAAAGCAAUGUUACCACCAUUGAUAUCUCCCAUGCUGAAAUUUCUGAUACCAUCCCAGCAGAGUGGUUUGCGAACUUGCCUCCUAAAUUAUGCCUCAAUAAUUUCACUGCCAUGGCUCACAAAGGGAAAUCUUCCAAUAAUCUCUUUGAUGGUGAUUACCUGGGCACAGAUGGAGGCUAUGUUUGUAUGGGAAUAUAUGUUGACAGUGCAAUGGUUGUACUAAAAGGGAGGGAGUAUGAGUAUGGUAAAAAUCUUGGACUAUUAAAGAUCAUUAACCUUUCAAGCAAUAAACUAUCAGGAAAACUUCCUAGUGAAAUCUCGAGCCUUUUGGAGUUGGUUGUACUGAACAUAUCCAAAAACAACUUAAUUGGAGAAAUUCCUCAAAUGAUUGGAGAAAUCCCAUCUAGUAUGUCAGAGUUACAAUUUUUGAGCCACUUGGACCCAUCUUACAACAAUUUAUCUGGGAAAAUUCCUUCAAGCACUCAACUCCAAGGCUUUGAUGCAACUCGUUUUAUUGGGAAUUGGGCACUUUGUGGGUUUCCAAUCACACAAAAGUGCCCAAGUGAAGAAACACCAUCCCAAAGUGAGCCAACUGACGAUGUCAUGGAGACAUGCCUAUUUCUUGUUCUUGGACAACCUGAAGGAUUGGAUCUACGUAACAAUGGCAGUGAACAAGGCAAGAUUGUGGAGGAAGUUUCAGAACCAGGGGUGACCGCUUUGCUAGGAGGCAUUACUGAUGCUUUUCAUAUUUCAAGUUACGUGUCAGGUAGUGGGGAUUACCAUCAUUAUCAGCUUUGCAAUUGCAUGAAGAGGUUCUACAUCCAGGAUCUAGCGUCUCUACAACUGGAUGGAUUCAAUUACGUUGGUGUUGAUAUCAUGAUCUUGCCACUGCUAUUCACAUGA